AUGGCCAAGUCAAAGAACCACACCAAUCACAACCAGAACCGCAAGGCCCACCGCAACGGUAUCAAGCGGCCAACGACUAACCGCUCACGCUCGAUGAAAGGGGUUGACCCAAAGUUCCGCAAAAACGCGCUGUUCGCGCUCGUUGGCUCACGAAAAGCACGUGCAGAACAAAAGGUCGCAGCGUCGUGA